CUACAAACGUCUACAAUGGCAGACUAUACUGAAGCUUCGAGGAACAAGUGUGCAGCAUGCUUCAGGCAAUUCAAUAAACUGGAGCACCUGGUGGAUCACAUGAGAACCUCCUAUCACUCAAUUCAUGAACCCACCUGUGGAAUUUGUAAAAAACAUUGCAGAUCCUUUGAAUCCUUGAGGGAGCAUCUUAUAGGCCCGUUGCCGAAACAAGAAUGCAAAAACAUAUUCAGCGUCCGAGGAUGCAAGUUCUGCUUAACUGUUCUUGAUAGCCCUAAUGCUUGUAGGUUCCAUCAAGACAGAUGCCAGUUCUCUGUUGCAAAUGGACUAGCUGCUCGAUUCAGUAACAUUGGUCUUCGCGACAACUUGACCAUUGAUAAUGGUGUGAUGAGAGGAAACCAAGUAGUUGCAUUAGCUUGCAAGAUGGUUGGCGGAGGCAGCGAUGGCUCGCUAGAUUUGUGCGCUAGGGUUUGCAUAGUAGAUGAGAAUGAGAACAUCAUCUUCCAUUCUUAUGUGAAACCACCAAUCCCAGUCACAAACUAUAGGUAUGAGAGCACAGGGAUCCGACCAGAAUACUUAAGAGAUGCAAUGCCACUAAGACAAGUUCAAAGGAAGAUUCAAGACUUCCUAUGCAAUGGAGAAGCUAUGUGGAGGAUCCAACCAAGAAAUAGUGGAACAGCUAGGAUUCUUGUGGGCCAUGGCUUGGACCAUGACCUUGACCGUUUGCAACUUGAAUAUCCUUCUAUAAUGAUCAGGGAUACUGCAAAAUAUCCUCCAUUGAUGAAAACAAGCAAGCUGAGCAACUCACUGAGGUAUCUGACUCAAGCAUAUCUAGGAUAUGACAUUCAAACUGAGAUACAAGAUCCUUAUGAGGAUUGUGUGGCAACAAUGAGGCUUUACAAGAGAAUGAGAUCCCAAUUUCACAAAAGAGAGGAACACCCACUUGCUUCGGACCCACAAAACAGAAAUAAUUUUGCUGCUUGGAGGCAAAAUGAGCUGGAGAGGCUGAGUCCUGAAGAAAUGUUGGCAAUAUCAAGGUCUGACUAUUAUUGUUGGUGCUUGGAUUCCUGAAUGAAAUGUAUGCAUCAUCAGUAACUUGAUCAUCUCAGGAAGCAUAUUAUAUGAUAUAUAUAUAUAUAUAUAUAUAAUUAAGUUUAGUAUAUUGAUUAUAGUUUUUAAGAUUAGAGAGAAGAAUAAGAUGACAUUUCCAUGUCCAAGUGACGUACUACAUGUGCAGCUAGCCGUUU